GAUGAUCCGGAUUACAUCGAGGCGAAGGAAAAAUUCGACGAAAAAGUCAAGGCAGCCGCUUGCUGCUGCUACGCCAUCAUCAUUACCGUUGUUGCGGUCUAUGGACUACAAAUAAAAAUUUGCCGCACACGUACACAUUAGUAAAAAUGCCUCACAAAUUUGAAUUUCUCAUUUUCCCAGCAGCAGCAACUUGAACUUGACCCCGCAUGCCAUUUGUCAUACUGAAUAGGUUUGCAGGAAACCCGUUAUUGUCAUGCAGAUACUUACGGAAUAUUUUGUACGUGUGCGGGAAAUAAUAUUUCCGAUGGAUACGAUCCCCCUCCUGAUUAUUAUCGGGAUCGUCUUGUGCUGUUGUUUAUCCUGUGCAAAGGUAAUGUCGCGCUCGUAGUAAUCGCAAUCCCAAUCGCCUUUCCAUCAAGGUGAAUAAGCAUGACAGAUUUCGUUUGUCGAGCUUGUUGUGUUGUAAAUGCGAUUACUACAUCGCAGCGCGAUCAUGCUUUUGCAAUGCAUACCUUUGCACUCUUGCCUCGUGUUGUCCGCGGGGGUGAACGUGAAGGCGGUGUCUGAAUAAGAGCUGUAGUUUCUUCUAAUAUCCGCAGCCACUUAUUCCUAAAUUUGUUUCUGUUUCCGCUUUAUUUUCAUUGGAUAAAUUUACGAACCUUCAGUAUCUUGCAGAACUGAAAGUGAAUGACGGUCUUACAUCAGAUAGUUAUUUUCAUUAUCAUCGUAGCAAGUGCAUUUGCAUUUGCUACACGACAUUACAGAGCUUUCUCGACUUUCUUGUCUCUAUUCUUCCUUCUGACGAGAUUGGUUUCCUUCCGAACAUCAAAGUGCUUUUUAAUUCCAUGAACAUAUCCGCAUGACCGCCGCGGUCAACAUGAAGAUGAGUUCUUGCUUUCAUCAACAGAUGAAACAUCCGGAUUUAUUUGUGAGCAAACAUCAGUACGAUAUUUCUAAUUCUUUUUCUUUGUGAGGUCAGCUUUGAC